CAGAAAUAAACUGUCAAUGUGACGUUUUACAUUGAGGUUAUAUUUAUAUACUAUUUUCUGAAUACAAACAAAUUAAAAUGAACAGAAAUGAACAAAAAGAACCAGACCACAUUGCGAAUCACGUAUACGUUACCCCCAUGAAGCUGGUGAAAAAUAUGGAUGAUAUGAUGCAGUGGGAUAAGUCCGAAGCAUAUUUCGAAUAUCUCGGAUUCAUUUAUGCUAUUAAUGAUUCGAUUAGGGGAAAAAGUAACUCCCAAGGUAGUGCAAACGCUUCGGAAGAAAUAAACAAACUUGUAGGCGUUUUGGACACUAUAAACCAAUGGAUAGACGACAUUCCUCCCGUGCAGCAACCUCAGAGAUUUGGAAACAUCGCUUUCCGAGACUUUUACAAGAAGCUGAAGGAUCAAGCCAUACCUCUUCUGCAAACAAUUUUUCCGGAAUACCUGUACAGAGCGAUCCCUGAAAUCAUGGUUUAUUUAGUGGAAGGCUUUGGAAAUUCUACACGCAUUGACUAUGGCACGGGACACGAACUGUCAUUCGUAAUGUUUUUAUGCGCUCUCUUCAAAGUUGAGUACUUGAAGCCCGAUGAUCAAACUGCUACUGCUUGCAAAGUUUUCGUAAGGUACUUGACGUUGGUGAGAAGACUCCAAGUAACUUAUCGCAUGGAACCUGCUGGUAGCCACGGAGUUUGGAGCCUGGACGACUAUCAGUUUGUUCCUUUCAUUUGGGGUAGUUCUCAGUUUAUAGACAAUCCCAAAUUUGAACCGACUUGUUUCCUGAAAGAAACAGUAGUGGAAUCCUUUGCACAUGAGUACAUGUUCCUCAGCUGUAUCCAGUACAUCAACCAAGUGAAAACCGGUCCCUUCCCCGAACACUCUAACCAACUGUGGAGUAUCAGCGGAGUCUCCACUUGGUCCAAAAUCAAUGGAGGGUUGAUAAAAAUGUACAAAGCCGAAGUUCUCAGCAAAUACCCCCUGGUCCAGCACAUCUGCUUCGGUUCGCUAUUCACCUUGAAGCCGACCGAGCACACGGCGAGCACCAGGAGGCCGAGGCUGAGCGGCACCGGCCCUCUGUUUCCAGUGCCGGUAUCAGGCUCGAUACCCUCCUCUGUGGGGCAGCACUCUCUCGGAUUCACUAUGCCAUCGAAUAAUUCCGGGCCUAUCCCUGCAGAGAGCGACGAAGCAAACAACCAAGAUUAAUUUUUCUUUGUGGUCUUGAUAUAUUUAUUGUUGUUAUUAAACAUUUGAUGAAGUAAA